ACUCCCAGCUGGGACGCUGACCAAGUGAGCGAGAUCAAAAUCAGGACCGUCAAGUUUGGAGAUGCGCAGCUCUUGUAAUCGUUUGACGCUCUGUUAUCUCCGCUUCCGGCUCAAUUAAAGACGCUUGUGCGGCGGGCGCCGAUAUGAAAUCCAAACAGCGGCUCGGCAGCCGUCUCCAUGCCUGAAAGCGGACGGGGACGUGGACACGAGCUCACCGAGGCGUCUCAGCGAACCGGGGGAGCGGAUCAACAAUGGCAACCUGUCGCUGACGCGCACCGCUCGUCGCCAUGAGAUGUAAACAGUCGACCAGCUGGACCGGAACCAGUCCUGAGAGGUUCUGAUGAUUGGGUGAGAGGAUCGCUCCGAGCGACGGAGAGAAAGCUACGAAUCCGGGACGGUGUGUGUGAGGAGGAGGAGGGGGGCGGGGGGGGGGGUGGCUACUGCAGUGUAAACACGCCGAGUGACGCCAUGUGGAGCCCGCCGACACGCGUGUGGAAAGCCGCCGUGUGCUGCUUGCUGCUGCUGCAAACAUUCCUGCACACUUCCACGGUCUACACUACUUCUCCUUCAGGACUUAAUGUGUGUAUGAGUGGCAGCGCGACUUCCUGCAAAGAAUGCCUCAUGAUUCACCCCAGUUGCGCCUGGUGCGCACAAGAGGAUUUUGGAAGGGGCCACACCCUGACGUCACGCUGCGACUUUGUUGCAAACCUGCACAAGAGGGGCUGCCAGAGUCGCUUUGUCGAAUACCUGACCAACAGCAUCACUGUGCAGCAGAACAUGCCUCUGAGCUCCAAGGGGUCCGGCUUGACCCAACAGGAUGUGGUCCAGAUUAGACCUCAGAGGAUCUCGCUCAGCUUGCGACCAGGAGAGCAGACGUGGUUUGGGCUGCAGGUGCGCCAGGUGGAGGACUACCCAGUGGACCUCUACUACCUGAUGGACCUGUCGCUCUCCAUGAAGGACGACCUGGACACCAUACGCAACCUGGGCACCAAGCUGGCCCUGGAGAUGGGCAAGCUCACCAGCAACUUCCGUCUGGGCUUCGGCUCCUUCGUGGACAAGAACAUAUCGCCCUUCUCCUACACGGCGCCCAAGUAUCAGGAGAACCCAUGCAAUGGGUACAAGCUGUUCCCAAACUGUGUGCCCACAUUUGGCUUCCGCCACAUCCUGUCGCUGACGGACAAAGUCGACCGCUUCAACGAAGAGGUGCAGAAGCAGAUGGUCUCCCGCAACCGGGAUGCGCCCGAGGGUGGAUUUGAUGCCAUUCUGCAGGCGGCGGUUUGUAAGGACGAGAUUGGCUGGAGGAAGGAGGCGUACCACCUGCUGGUGUUCGCCACAGACGACGUGCCUCACCUGGCUCUGGACGGGCGUUUGGGUGGCCUUGUGCAGCCUCAUGACGGCCGCUGUCACCUAGACAACAACGAGUACAGCGCUUCCACUCGCUUGGAUUAUCCUUCACUGGCACUUCUGGGCGAGAAACUGGCAGAAAACAACAUUUUCCUCAUAUUUGCCGUCACUAAGCGGUUGUAUGUGAUUUAUAAGAAUUUCACGGCGCUCAUACCGGGAACGACAGUGGAGAUCCUGGACCAGGACUCAAAGAACGUCAUCCAUCUCAUCGUCGCAGCCUACAAUAACAUCCGCUCCAAAGUGGAGCUGACAGUCUGGGACCAACCCGAGGACCUCAGCCUGUCCUUCACCGCCACUUGCCAGGAUGGCGAGCCGCUACCCGGCCUCAGGAAGUGUGCUGACUUAAAAAUAGGUGACACGGUGUCGUUUAACGUGAGCGUUGAGGCGAGGAGUUGCCCACUUCGCGGCACUGACCACAGUUUCACUAUCAAGCCGGUGGGCUUCAAAGACCGCCUGCAGGUCGCCGUCGAGUACCAGUGUGAAUGCGGCUGCGCCCGGGCAGCCCAAAUCAACAGCACCAUCUGCAGCUCCAUUGGCACCUACAACUGUGGGAGCUGCCAGUGCGAGCCGGGCUACCUUGGCACCCGCUGCGAGUGCCAGGAGGGUGAGGCCAGCAGCAUACACCUGGGCGCCUGCCGUGAGGCCGAGAGCAAGCAGGCGUGCAGCGGCCGCGGCGAGUGCAGCUGCAACCAGUGCCUGUGCUACGAGUCUGAGUUUGGCAAGUUCUACGGCAGCUUCUGCCAGUGCGACGACUUCUCGUGCGCUCGACACAAAGGCGUCCUGUGCUCAGGCCACGGCGAGUGCCACUGCGGCGAGUGCAAGUGCCACGCGGGCUACAUCGGGGACAACUGCAACUGCUCCACGGAAACGGCGUCGUGCAUCGCUGACAAUGGGCAGAUGUGCAGCGGGCGCGGCAACUGCGUGUGCGGACGCUGCCAGUGCACGCACCCUGGCGCCUUCGGCGACACGUGCGAAAAGUGCCCCACCUGCCCGGACGCCUGCGAUACCAAAAGAGAAUGCAUUGAGUGCCGGCUUUUCAACUCGGGAAAGAUCUCAGACAACCAGACUUGCCAGCGUCUGUGCAAGGAUGAAAUCAUCACAGUGGAGACACUCAAAACGGACGUGCCGGGUGCCGUGCUGUGCCUCUACAAGACGGACAACGACUGCGUGAUGAAGUUCACGUACUCUGAGCACGCCAGUGGACUGUCUGUUCUCACCGCCCUGACGGAAUCGGAAUGUGGCGGUGGUCCGGACGCCCUCAUGGUCCUGCUGGCGGUGGUGGGCAGCAUCCUGCUGGUGGGCGUGGUGCUACUCGGCGUCUGGAAGUUGGUCAUCACCAUCCACGACCGCCGGGAGUUCUCGCGCUUCCAGAACGCUCGCUCGCGUGCACGCUACGAGAUGGCAUCCAACCCGCUCUACAAGCAGCCUGUGUCGUCCAGUUUUGGGGAGACAGACGUGUUCGACAAGCCCUACAAUGGAGGGGUCCACUAAGCCCUCGGCAUGUGGGGCGGCAGGACCGGUCCAGCAAGUGGGACCCAUAUGGGGGGCAUGGGGCCAAUGCGGACUGAGGCCUCCCCCUACCUCAACAGGGACACAGAAGUGAAAAUAAAUGACAAAAGAAUUUCACGUCAUCGCAUUGAUGAGCGAGGCAUCAACAGCUGAACGUUAGCGACAAGCUAAGCUCGCUGCAGAUCAGAUUUGUAUAUUUUUUAUGAACACUAAGAAAUUGUCUUUGCCAGGCUUAACUAUGCACCCAGCAGCUUUUUCUACACUAAAUCAAAUCACUUUCUUGAGAAGAAAGAUCGGAGAACACUUUGGAAGCUGCAACCUCAAUGUGCUUCUACUAACUUUUUACUGAAAAAUGAAGUUAUGCAUUCAUGUUGCAUUGCUAUUAUUCCUUAACGAAACCGUAAACUGCAAUUUUGUUCACUGAAGCUUUAGGCUUUUCCUUGAUUUACCAUUGUUGCCUUUUCCACAAAGAUGACUUUCUUCUCCUUUCUGAUUGGCUAAAACAACCUUGUGUUUUGGGUUUAUAGUGCCACCCGGUGCUUUGGCAUGCACAUGACAGCAUGGUAAUGCAUUUUAAUGUGUCUUCGGACAUGCAAGUGGGGUAAAAUUUUGAACAUACCCGUAUAUGUGCAGACAUAGGUGACAUUUGAGGGUAUGUGUAAUUGUGUGUGAUAAUGAGUAAUUGCAGGUCAGUGUAGUCUCUGCCACCCUUAAUGGUGGUCCAUUUUUCAACGAAACAGUGUUCCUCCUUUUAUGACACUCCCCUCGUUGCCCAAUAAUUUCAGCUGAAGUGAAAAUCAAGCUAGUUUAUUGCAAAACGAAUUUGGUAGGCCUCAAUGAUGUAAAGGUCUUUCAAGUAAGAAGCCUUCAAACCAUGAUGUUAGAUGUUAGAGCAGCAGCGAGAUAGGCAUUUCUUUGUACUAGGUUGGGAAGCACGAGCGCAAGACAACAUCAAGAUAUUAUACCAAUAAUAAUAUCACAGUGCAGUGCUUAUGUGACAAUUCAUAUAUUGGGAGGAAAAACAUCAAAGAAUCUAUGUUAAGCGAAACAGUGCCAACUAACAGAAAUUUGCGCAUUAUGCAUUUGUAACAAAUAAUAAGUGACUACAGUACACCUUUAUUCUCAAUGAAAAUACAGUUGUCCACUUAAUCUUUGGGUAAAACAUUUAUAAAAACAGUAAUUGGAUAGAUUUGCCAUCAUAAAUGUUUUUUUUUUUUUGUUUUUUUUACAUUUGUCAGACUGAUGGUGUGGUUUGCUAAGGUUGGUGUAUCAGUGCUGUGCAGUGAGCGAUACCAAUGGGAUGUCAGCCGCCAUUUAUUUAUUUAUACAGAACCCAGCAAUGACAGGAUAUUUCAGUGACAGAGUCCGCUUUCAUGCAGUGACACUUUAUCUUGCCAACAGAUAAUGUAGGUCUGGUGUGACGUAUAAGGAGACAGCUAUCUUCAGUGAGUGUCACCGAUUAGAAUAGUCUUUCACACUGUUUUACAGCUCUGGUGCUACUUCCGAAUGCGGGGAAAUACCGGCUUUUACAGACAGUUGGAAAAGGGUACUUUGUCCCACUGCUGCUUUCACAAACCGACCAGCAGGGCUUUUUUUCAUAUGGAAAAAUAAUAAACUACUUCACCAGCAUUUAAAUGAUUAUUUCAUAAUCUCCAGAGUUGUAUAAUUAGCAAUAACGUAACAGUCUUCAACAUUGGUUACUAUGAAAUUUAAGUAAACAAAUUACACUUGCAUCUUUAAUAAUAAACAAUAACAAGUGUCAGGUACUUGCGCGCAUGUGUGUUACUGGCAUUAAGUGUAACUAUGGAGUGGGUAUGAUAGUUUCCUCUGCACAGUUUGGACUAUAAGUGACAACGUAGUGGUAAAACAUGCAGUUGCACAAUCAGGACUGAAGCAUGUUUGUGUGACUGCGCAAAAAACGACACAAUAAAUGAGCUUGUUUCACAAGAA